UGUUUACAGUUCUGUAUUUGUAGGUUAGAAACAAUGUUAGUGUCAGUGUUCAGUAUAAAUUUAACAUUUCUAAAAGUUAAAUCUGAUAUUCUGAGCUGAGAGGAUUUAUAUAUUAAUGAUUGAAUAAGUGAUUCUCAUGUUCCCGAGCUAGUAUUGUAAUUCUCUUAAAAUUAUAUGAUUCACCGUCUAGGACUGUCAUUGUAACGACAUCUAAAUUUUGAACAAUUGUAUGGAAGAUACCACUAAAAUUAGAAUUUGAUGAAAAGAAUACAGCGUUUUUUCAAGCACCUAUGAGAGCAACGCCAUGGAGAACAUAACUAAAGGCAAGAAAAGACAAGCUGGUAGCAUUAAUCCAAUCACAAUAGAGCAAUUCCUAAGGGACAAACGGCUUCGUAGAUCAUUGACAAACGCGGAACGAAUGGAAGAGAAUGAAGGGGGAGGAGGAGGAUACAGUCAAUACGGUUACGAAGAAGGAGAAGAUGAAGAGAUGGUAAUUGUGGUCGUAGACAAAGACGGAGAUAACAACAUGAUGUACGAGGAUGAUGAGGAACUGAAUGAGAGGCGGAUCAACGAAGAAAUUGCCUACAAUUUCAUAAAAGAAACUGUGGGGGAUCUUGGUGACGAGCCUUUUGCACAACAGGAACAAGCAAUUGGCACAACUGAAUUGGCAUUCCCUCUCGGGAUUGUUGGCACUAAAACUCUAACAGUUAAACAGGAACUGUGCCGACUGUGUUUGUCCAAACAUUGCAACAUGGUGUCGUUGUUCGAUACCUGUUUGACUUUCUUCCAGAUUUCUCUGAAAGAGGUUAUCCAGUCGUGCAUUGGAAUAAAGGUUCUUAGGGAUGAUGCUACUGAUAAAAUCUGCAGAGCUUGUAUUACAAGGCUUGAAAGUAUAUGGGCAUUCAGGGAGGAGUGUGAGCGAUCUAAUAGAUUAGUUAAACAAAUGAAGAAGACAAAGAUUAUACAUAAUAAGAAUGCCACGGAAGGAUUUAGUGAUGGAACACAUCUAUCCUCCAACAACGAGUCAUUGGUGAAAGCCCCCCCGCAGCCAUUCUCCUGCACCAUCUGUGAUCGGGGCUUCGCAACCGAGGUGGCUCUCUCGGGUCACGUGACUAAUGACCACGCCCACCUCAAGCCCUUCACGCAGAACACCUCCUUCCUCAUCAGCUGUUCCAUCUGCGGUCGAAAGGUUCUCAAGAAGGUGCUGCAUGAUCACUAUCUCACGCACAAGCUGCUUGGCGAAGGCAAGUCUAUAAAGGGAAAAGACGAAGUGCACCGACACUUCGAACCAGUCAAAACUCCAGCAGCACAACCAGAAGCAGAAGAAUUGGAAGAAGAUGUGGACGAUGUUGAGGGCUACGAAGGAGAUUACCAAGAGGGAGACGACCUCGCGGAUGGACUGGGAGAUGGACAAAUUGGAGAAAGAGAGAUGGACGGCCAAGAGAUCGUUCCCUCUCUCUCAGAUCUGGCAGACACCGAAACGGGUGUUCCGCUCGAUGCGGAACAGAUUAGAGGCUUUCUAAGUAAAGAGAACGAGGCAACUUACACUCAGAACGAGUGUUUUGUAACUGAUAUAAGUGGCAGUGAAUUCAUCAAUGUGAACCCAGUUGAAGGACAAGCUAACAUGAACAUUAUAGCUGAUGGUAAUAAUAUGAAUAUCAUAGCUGCUGAAAAUAAUAUCAAUAUCAUAGCUGCUGAAAAUAACAUGAAUAUCAUAACUGACGGAAAUUGUCUGCAGGAUCCCAACAACCCCAACGUGAUAGCUAUGACUAUUAACGAGGGUGUACAGGGGGGGAAUUUUGUUGAGACUGUACAGGGAGGUAAUUUUGUUGAGGGUGUACAGGGAGGUACUUUUGUUGAAGGCGCUGCACCCCAAUACACUCAAGUAUAUCUAGUCAAUCAGAAUGAUAACCUAGUGGAAGCUGGAAACAUGGAAGCUACCGCUAUGCAAGACGUUGUAACCACGGCAACACUGGAAGAUAAUCAGAUCUAUGUGGUGACAAGCGAUGGGAAAGCCAUGUACGGGGACCAGGAUGUCGUUUUCCAGAUAGCCAACGAUCAGGUGUAUCAGACCGAUUCGGGAAUAAAGGAUGAUAUAGAAGUGCAGUACGAGAAUAUUAAUGCGACUGGGAGGGUGACGGUUAAAGAGGAGGUGAUUGAUACGAGCUAUGACCAGUGUUAGAGAUUUAACGGUCGGUCAAGUGAAUUGCGGGUGGAUCUGUAACUAAUUUAGAGGCAGGAUUUAUAAACAACCCAUGGGACCCAGUUAACUAUUUUCUUUAGAUGGUUUAGUCACGAGAAAAAAAUCGGCUGCAAUCAAGCUGGCCACUGACUAUCAUUACAACCACUACCUCCGUAAACAAAGUCAUAGUGCAUUCUGGUGACGUCAGCACAGGUAGGGCUCCUACACCAAUAAAAACACUAGCUGAUAUAGAUCAGCUGAAAUCAACAAAUUCUUAUUGGUGUAGGAGCCCUACCUGUGCUGACGUCACCAGAAUGCACUAUGGCUUUGUUUACGGAGGUAGUGUUCCAACAAGCCAAAACGCCACCGAAAAUGUCCUAAUUCUCAGCCAAUCGAGGGACAUUUUGGGUGGCGUGUUGGAUCAUCAAUGGUCAACGUUACGCCGCUGCAAUUUUAGUUUUUUCCUCGUGACUUAACCAUAUUUAAAAGAUUUAAUCUUUGAUAAUCUAAUUGGUCAUCUUUUAUCAAAUACAUAGAUAGGCAUCAUCCUUGUUUUCUUCAUUCGAUUUUUUCAUUUAUUUGAAUUAUCUAUGAAUUAUUUUGCAUUAUCUCUGGAUGAUUUUGUUCAUUCAUUUGAAUUUUCUAUGAAUUAUCUUUGGUUUGGAAUUAUAUUUUAUGGAAUAUUUUACUGUGUAAUAGACUCUCCUUAGGGCACGAACCAAGUUUAACGGUACUCCGAUCAGCUGGUGUAUUGAAGCAACCUAUGGUUGUAUUCGGUAUAAUGUGUUACAUUAUCCGAGUUAAAACAAAUAGCUUACUAUUAUAUCAACAGCAACAAUUAAAUAGCUGAUCCAAUUUCGUUCAAACUUGGAUGUUGCGUACGACCCUUGAAAUCAAACGCAUGGUUCGUUUUCGUUUUUGCGACCGCGGCAGACAAAAUUGAGGAAGAAUACUAUUGAUUCAUAUGGGGUUGUUCACACAGUUCCAGUUCCAGUCUGCCAAUGUGUGAACAUUCUCAUAAGAAUCAAUUGUUUUCUUUCUCGGUGGACGGCCGCAUUCGCUUACGUAGGCUACGGUAAAAAACGUACUUUUAACUGAGUUUGAAAUUUGUUGUAUAGCAACCAAUAACUUGAUAUCAACCAUUGGUAUAAUUUGACUACGGUGUGUGCUUAUUUGAUAAGCAUAAAAAGUCGGACCAUACUUAGCUAAGAUCGAACUUUAGAAUGUUUUAAUACAUUCAUUUUGGUCAUGAAUAAAUCGUUUGUCAAUUAUACUAUUUGAACAUCGGUUAAUUGAACUUAGUUCAUAUCUCUAUCUUUUAGAAUGACACAUAAUAAUUAUAUGCUCAUAUUACAGUCGAUGAAAUAAUAGCGUUAAUUAAACUUUUGGUCGAAUAAAAUUCACACUGAUGACUGUCAUAGAUGGAAUUUAAUACGCUUACACAAUUUAGUUAUUUAUAAUUCUUAUUGGUUCAAUCUAUAAUUUGAAUUAUAUUAUUUAUGAUAUUCUAUUAUUUGUAUUGCAUUAUAGACCUAUUUGAUUUGUAUGAUUUGAUGUUUGUUUGAUUUGUAUUUGAUUUAUUCUUAAUUUGAUUUAGUUAUAGAGACAGCAGAUCACCCCUUUUGUGUCUACCUCACUAAUACAGAUGAAAUCAAAUCGAAAAAGUUACAGUAUCUUGAAAGAAAAUGAAAUUGAUUAUCACAAUUUAAAUUGUUGAAUAUUAAAAAUCUUGAGUAUUCUAAGGUCAUAACGAGUGCAAUCAAUCUAAUUCUCUCCAACCAAAGGCUUCUCAGUGGUAUUAAGUUAACAAAGUCCUCUAUUCUCCUUGAAGAUUUUAAAUCAUUUCAAAUCCAAAAAUUCUAUCCCAGGUAAAUGUAUUAAAAACAUUUUUAUUAUUCUGAGAAUUUAACACUAAACUUCAUGUAGAGUGGUUUCAAUGUCCAGAUGGUGUUUCAAUGUUUAGUCUAAUGUACAUAAAAUUACCAUUUUUAUUGGAUUUAAUGUUUGGAAUAAUGUAUACAAUUACUAUUUUAUUGGAUUUAAGCUAUAAUCAAGAACCUAUUUGAUUGAACAAUAGCACUAUUCUUUGAAAGUCAAUCAUUAUUCAACAUUUAUUUUCGAAAAAAUAUAUAAUUAUUGUAUUUUGUUUAAAAAUGUAAGCUAUAGUUGAUAUAAACUUCAUACAGUUGGGUUCAGGUCAAUAAUAACCAGGCUAUAAUAAUGUAUUGUUAUCAUCAUGUCAUCAACUGAAGCCUUGUUGUCGAUUUAUCAGCUUGAAUGUUUUUUGUCGAUUAGAAAAUUACCAAAUUAAUUUCGAGUCAUUAAUUAAGUUAUGAUGCAAUAUUUUGUCCAUUUCUGAAUGGAAAAGAUGUUAGAAAACUGAAGGGUAGCCUAUAUUUGAUGUAUCGGUUAUUAAUUAGAAAAUUGGAAGAAAAACUAAAAAAAAAAAUGAAUGUUGAUUACAGUGUUCAAAACUUCUUGUGAAUGAAUUUAGUUCAUGCAAAAUUGUCUCCAUGCAUAUAUUGAUGUGUAAAUGUUAUUAUGCAUAUCUAUUAUAAAUGUGAAUAUCAUAAGAUUCUUUCAAACAUUCCUUCCUUCAAAUUUUCGUAAAUAUUUUGUCUCAUGAGUGUCGAUUUGAAUUAAUUUAUUGGUAUGCCAAGGUGAUGUUUGUUGGUAUCUCCAAGUCUACCACUUGAUUAUCAGUUUCUUGUUGUACUGCUUGAUGAAAAAUAUGUGUAAUUGUGUAUAAUGUAUAAUAAAUUGAGUCUAUUUAUAUGUA